AACAAAGUGCAUAUAUUCUUCCUUCUCCCCCACCUCCUCUCCAUCAUCUUCUUCCCGAUUUACUGCUAUAAUGGACACCAUCUGUAGAUUGUGCUUCCAAACGGCAACGUUAUUCCAAGUGCCCGGCUAUAGCAUACCCACGUGCGUCCGCUGCUCGGAGCAGUUGACAAAUAAUUCCAACUUCCAUCAGUCGGCGGCAGCCGCUGCCGCCGUCGCUGCCUCGGCCUCUGCCGCAGUCGCCGCCUCCGCAGCAGCCGCGGCCACCUCCUCAUCGACGGCCUCCUCCAGCGACAGCGACGCCAUCGCGCAGCAGCACCAGAACCCGCAGCAGCAGCAUCCAAACUCGCAACAGCAGCAGCAGCAACAGCAAAUGCAAUCAUCCAGUUCUUCCGAGAACCUACAGUCGCAGGACGACUCCGAAGACGUGGAUCUGAUAUUCAACGAGGAGGGCUCCUGCCCACUAUGCAACAAAACUUUCUCGCGCAAAUCCUCGCUCAUGACGCACAUACGAAAUCACUCGGCGGAGCGUAAGUUUGUGUGCACCUACUGCCACAAAGGCUUCACGCAGGCGGCCAACUUGCGGAACCACGAACGCAUCCACACGAACGAUCGGCCAUAUCAGUGCGUGGACUGCGGAAAGACCUUCACGCAAAUCACCAAUCUGAACAAUCACCGCAGGCUCCACACUGGAGAACGGCCCUUCGUCUGCAAUGAGCCCGAGUGCGGUCGCAGUUUCGCCCAGGUGACGAACCUGAACAACCACAUGAAGUCGCACCACAAGGUGCAGCAGUACUGCUGCAACGUGUGCAACAAGAAGUUCACGCAGGUGACCUCGCUGAACCAGCACCUGCAGGCGCACGCCGGGGUCACCGGCUACUACUGUCCGCGGUGUCCGGAGAAGAACUUCAAGCUGCAGUCGCAGCUGCACACGCACAUGAAGACCCACGGCCUGGCCUUUCCGUACGAGUGCGACAAGUGCGACGAGAAGUUCCUGCAGCAGGCACACCUCGACCAGCACCUCAAGAUGCACGACGAGUUCAAGUUCAAGUGCGACAUCUGCCCGAGCAGCUUUAACCAGGAGUCGCUGCUGAAGAAGCACGUGCAGCGGCACGUCGAGGGCCGCUACCUCUCCUGUCCGGUGGCCAACUGCGCCGAGUCCUUUGCGGUGCGCCAGCACCUGUCCAAGCACCUGCUCACCAACCAUGCCCACCACGAGUUGCCGCCGCCGAAGCGCUCCAAGAAGACGGGCACUCUGCAGACGUCGCAGCCGCUGGCGAUGAUCGGCCAGCCGUUGUCCCUGCAACACACGACGGGGCAGCGUGGGCGUCCGCCGAAGAACAAGAACAAGGCGACAGCGCUGGCCGCCACGGCCAUCAAGAUCGAGAUCAACGAACCGCUCCACAGCCAGCAUAUCAGCAGUGUCAGUGGCCUGUCCAUCCAGCAGCAGAUCAACCAGCACAUGCAGCAGCAGGCGGCCCAGCAGCAGGCGCAACAGCAGCAGCAGCAGCAACAGGCGCAACAGCAACAGCAGCAGCAGGCGGCGCAACAGCAACUGCUGCACCUGCCGAUGGGACAGGCGGUCAAGGCGCGCUUCAUACCCACUAAGUAGGUUAGUUAAGGAUGGAAAGGUCUCUCUUAGCUUAAGCCCCCAACGAUCAGCUGCUAAAGUCCCCUGAUUAGCAUAGCCAUAGCCAAAAAGUAGCAUCACAUCCAAGAAACAAACACACACUCGCACACACAAAAUACCAUGAAAUAUGAUAUUGCGGAUGCUUCUGAAAUGCCUAGAGAUCUCUGAAAUGGAAAAUUGUAAAUUAGUUUUAUUUUACUUGCGAAUUUCUAGGUUGUGUUGUUUUUCCAACUGUUU